AGGAAAUACAAAUCUCAGACUUUUGCAGCGCAACUCUUGUCUAUAAUCGUCGCUCUCCAGGUGCCCGGUUGGUGCAGGGCGUCUCUCACCCCUACAUUGCUCUCUGUCCGGAAGGUGUCUGGGUCCUUGACGAAUUCUGUGUAUUUCGUUUCCUGCCCAUCUUCCCAAUGCGUUCCUACCUUAUUAUUGCGUAUCUACGGCUUCUCUACCGAUUCCCUCAUAUCACGACCCCGUGAACUGAAUAUCCUUCAUAUUCUAUCGUCACAGUACAGCAUUGGACCCGUUAUAUACGGCACUUUCACAAAUGGUCGCAUUGAGGAGUAUUUUGACUCCGUCACACUUACGCCCCGUGAUCUUCGGGAGAAGACCAUCAGUCGUUGGAUUGGCGCUCGAAUGGCUGAGCUUCAUUCAGUCAAGAUCAGUGCUGUGGAAGGUCCGUUAGCAAUCAGCAGCCAGGAAGGGAAGAGUUGGGAGAUAGGCGUUAAGAGGAAUAUCAAGGCAUGGUUGCCCCUGGCCGCCGAGGUUCUUGCGCACCCGAACAUGAAAGAAGAAGAUGCUACUGUUCUCAACAUGGAUGUUUUUCGUCAGAGAUGGUCGAGAUACAUGCGAUGGAUUUCUCAUGUCGAGAAAGCUGAAGGCUGCAGUCGACGUGUCUUUGCCCACAACGAUGCUCAGUACGGCAACCUUCUGAGGUUGACCCGAAGAUUGCCAGAGGGAACUCCAGAACACCACAAAAUUGUUGUGGUCGAUUUCGAGUAUGCAGCCCCAAAUCCGCUUGCUUUUGACAUCGCCAACCAUUUUCAUGAAUGGACGGCAGAUUACCGCUCGUCGACACCCCAUUUUCUCCAUCCAUCUCGCUAUCCCACCCCCGAAGAACGGCGCAACUUCUACGAAGCGUACCUCUCGCAUGUCAAGUCGUCCAACUCUGCCUCCUAUGAUGUUAUCAGUGAAACUAGUCUGGCACGACUAGAACGUCAAGUACAUAUUUGGAGCCCAUCAUCCCACGCAAUGUGGUCGGUGUGGGGUAUCGUGCAAGCUAAGGAUAAUUUAGAAAGAGGAAUAGGAGCGGGCGAGUUUGAUUACAUUGGCUAUGCCAAAUGCCGAAUGGAAGCAUUUAUCCGCGAUCUCGAGGAACUAGGUGUUUAA